AUGGGCGCGGGGGCCACGGCAUCACGACGCGGGAGCGCUGACCGGGAAGACGUGGCCGUGACGGCGUCAGGCACGGUCGCCGUCUGCUCGGAGCCGCGGGUAGGGAUCCCAGUAGUUUCAGACCUUCGCUCACUGCAGACGGUACACAAAUUGGCUUCUUGUGUGAGUGAUGAAAGAAAAUACCACUCAAAUUACUAUCUUGAUACAAAAUUUACUAUAACCGUUAUUUUUUCCAAGGGAAAGCUAUUCAAGUACAGAUUGACUGGUGCUAACGUCUUCUGCGAAAUUCCCACAGAGAACAAUUUAGCGAACUCUUCCUGGCAAACUAGUCCACUGAAGUUAGAGUUCAGCAACUCUCCAUACACCCCUCUUUCUACCCAGCUUGAGUGUGACAAUUUGUCUGCUCUUAGCAACACUCCAGAUAACCAGAGCUCUACUGAAACCAUUUCAGCCCAACCAAUCUCCCCGCUUGAAGCAGACAGCUCAUACAUAAAGGCAGGUAGCAUCCGUGAGAACAUCCAAGUGAGACCUGAUCCAUUGUAUGCAACAUCAAGACAUAAUAUGCAACAGACUUUGCGUGACAUUGAGAACGUUCUGAUGGCACCUGAUGCGGAUGAUGCAACAACGAGCACAAAGCAUGAGUUUGAGGACACCAAGCCUGCUCAGCUCAUGCGGCAGCGGUCGAGGACAUGGAGCCAUGAGUCACGACAGCCGUUGCCUGGAGUUGUUCGUCCACACUUUGCAUCUGGUGGAUACCCCACGGCAAGCUAUGAGUUCCGCCCAGAGAAACGACAAAGGGAGUUAAGGGACGAUCGGCAGCACAUUGUGAAGGGUCUAUUAACCAAGUGUGCUGAGGCAUUAAGUGAGGACAGGACAGAGGAGUUCCUAAAGCUUGUUCAGGAGGCUCGUGGGACUGUUUCAAUUAACGGGGAACCGAUCCAGCGUUUAGGUGCUUACCUACUCGAGGGUUUGGUUGCUAGGCAUGGGAACUCUGGUACAAACAUCUACCGUGCUCUGAAAUGCCGGGAGCCGGAGAGCAAGGAGCUUCUCUCCUACAUGAAGAUUUUAUACAAUAUCUGUCCUUACUUCAAGUUUGGAUACAUGGCAGCUAAUGGGGCGAUUGCAGAGGCAUUGAGAAGCGAGGACAACAUCCACAUAAUUGAUUUUCAGAUUGCUCAAGGGACUCAAUGGAUCACACUGAUACAAGCCCUAGCUGCAAGGCCUGGGGGUCCACCUCAUGUGCGGAUCACUGGAAUAGAUGACCCGGUAUCAGAGUAUGCCCGAGGUGAAGGCCUGGAGAUAGUUGGAAACAUGCUAACAAGCAUGUCUAAAGAGUUCAAUAUACCUUUGGAAUUUACACCUCUAUCUGUCUAUGCUACCCAAGUCACAGAGGAAAUGCUUAAGAUCAGACCAGGUGAAGCAGUUGCUGUCAACUUCACCCUCCAGCUGCACCAUACCCCGGACGAGAGCGUGGACGUCAACAACCCACGGGACGGGUUGCUCCGCAUGGUGAAAGGGCUGUCCCCGAAGGUGACCACGUUGGUGGAACAGGAGUCGCACACCAACACGACGCCUUUCUUGAUGAGGUUUUUGGAGACCAUGGAUUACUACUCUGCCAUGUUCGAGUCCAUCGACGCCAACUUGCCUCGAGACAGCAAGGAGAGGAUAAGUGUGGAGCAACACUGCCUGGCCAAGGACAUCGUGAACAUCAUCGCCUGCGAGGGGAAGGACAGAGUGGAGAGGCAUGAGCUGCUUGGCAAGUGGAAAUCAAGGCUGAGCAUGGCGGGCUUCAAGCCUUACCCGCUGAGCUCAUAUGUGAACUCGGUGAUAAAGAAGCUCCUCGCGUGCUACUCGGACAAGUACACGCUGGAGGAGAAGGAUGGGGCAAUGCUCUUGGGCUGGAACACCAGGAAGUUGAUAUCUGCCUCUGCGUGGCACUGA